CGACUAUUGCCCGUGAGCACCUGCUUUGUGUCUUGCACAGAGGUGGAACCUUCCGCUCCUCCCAAAGCCAAUUGCUGUGACUGCCACCAUGGGGCGUCCCAAGAGAGUCCUCUCCUUCAUGUCGCAAUGGGGUGGGCCCGCUCAUCUCCAGAAGAAUCCCCCCUCUGCUACACCGUCGCCUGGCCCGUCUUCGCCCCCGCUCUCGCCUUCGACCAAGCAACUCGCCGACUCGACCAGCUAUUCGCAGUCGGCCACCGCGCUGGACACGUACAACAACGAACGAGCCUCGCCUAGCCCCGCCCAGCUCGCUCGCUCAGACUCGAGGGUGUCGCUACGCCCCAUGUCGAUGAUCCAGACAUACCAGCCUCCAGUCAUGGAGGUCAGUCAGGACACGCUGCCCGAGCUGCAGCGCAUCUUCAUGUUCCUGAACAGCCACUCGAACAAGCUGUAUCAGGAGGGCUACUUCCUCAAGUUCCAUGACACAGACACUCGUGGCCGCCCCGCACUCGAUCGGAAGUGGCAGGAGUACUUUGUCCAGCUCGUAGGCACCAUCCUCUCGCUAUGGGAUGCAAGUGCGCUGGACAGGGCAGGUGGUGACGCUGAGGUGGUGCCAACCUUCAUCAACCUCACAGACGCUGCAAUUCACAUGAUACCGACCAUGACGUUGAAAGACGGCAAGAGACUCGACAAUAUCCUCAGCGUAUCGACGGCCGCGAGUAACAAGUACCUGUUCCACUUCGAUUCGUACCAUGCGUUGACGCAAUGGACCGCCGGCAUCCGGCUCGCCAUAUACGAGCACACGUCCCUGCAGGAGGCAUACACUGGUGCUCUGAUCGCGGGCAAGGGAAAGACACUCAACAACAUCCGUGCAAUUCUAGACAGGCAGUGCGCAGUGUACGAGGACUGGGCUCGUGUGCGCUUUGGUGCAGGCACGCCGUGGCGCCGCUGCUGGUGCGUCGUGACACCCCCAGACCAGAAGGAAUACGCGAAAUUGCAAAAGUCGCAGAAGAAGGCAAACGCCUACGACCGGUCCCAGGUGAUCAUGAGGGGCGACAUCAAAUUCUACGACACCAAGAAGAUCACCAAGAAGACGAGACCCAUCGCGACAGUCACGGACGCCUACUCGUGCUACGCUCUCUAUCCACAGUCGAAGCCGCUCAUUGAUCAAUCCACUUUGGUCAAAAUCGAGGGUAGAAUCACCAUUCACUCAACUCCGGCAACUACAACUGAAGGGUUCGUCUUUGUCAUGCCAGAAACGCGACCAGCUGUGUCAGGGUUCGAAAUUAUGCUCCAAUAUCUUUUCCCCGUCUUUGACACUUUUAAUCUCUAUGGACGCCCGAAGAAGCUCAUCGCGGAUGUCCUAGACACCCGUGGAUUGAUGUUUGCCAUGCCUCCAGACAAAAGAUACGGAUAUCUGGAAAUGUGGGAUGUAGUCAGUCUGAUCAACACUGAAGGUAGCUCAAGUUGGACGGAGCGUCAGUGGAGGAAGCAGCUCAAGGACCUGACUUCCACGCGUAUGACAGCAGGCCCUGAGCGCAACCUCAGCUCCAGCAGAGGGCCUCGGAGGAACACAGUCAGUCGAUCAGGGUUUACUCCUUCACGUGGGACUCUCAGAUUUGAAGACCAUGGCUCUAUCCGUUCCCAGCCCUCUACUCGUCAGACCUCGCCCAUCAGAGAGGUCGACGUCGAACCUCAGUUGCCUCAGCGUAUAGCGACAGUACCGACGGCAGGUCCAUUUGCUACUCCACGUCAUCAGCGCUCAGUUUCUGAGCACACGGUCGAUUACAGCAGGCAUCAGGGAUCACCAUCACGUAUGGCCUAUGGCCAAAGCGCACAUGCUUACGACACUCCUCCAGCCCCACCAGUUCAUGGUGUAUUCAACAGCGUCCCUCAGAAUGGAGCCUCCGAACAUUAUGCAGCAUCUGAUAGCGAUGAUGCCCCGAGUCCCGAGCCACGAGAUCUGCCCGAGAUGCCAAUUGCGCCUUCUGCACCCCCUCAAGGCCCAAUAGAUUCUCCGCCAAUGUUCGUACAUGCGGCCUACCAAGAGCCACCCAUCAGACCUUCUGUGCCGCUCACGAUGAAGCCCAACCCGCAAGUCGACUCUGCCACGCUCCACCAGAUGGCUGAUGCUACACAUGCACCUUUGGCGACAGGAACAGCAGUAGCUGGUGCAACGGCUGCAUGGAAGGGCCAGGAGAACCUGCAUACUAGACGAUACGGUGAUCUGGGCGCAGACCCUCAGCAGAUGUACCUCAGCGCUAAUGGGAGACAUCCGCCUGCUGACCGUCAAUCCCCCAACCGACUACCUACAAUUCCUGCGUCACCUUACGUUGAGCACACGGAAUUUGUUGAUUCGCCGAUGAGGUAUCAGCCCACGGCUCCACCUGUGCCUGAACAUGGCGAGCAGCAGACGCAGUUCACCCAAGAACUUCCAUUUCGCCCGCAUUCUGGUGGCGGAGGCGGUCAAAUUCAGCGAAAACCAGUACCAGGUCGGUCCCCCCAACUCUCGCAAGAGGAUGACACUCGCUCGAUAGCUAGCUCAACUCUCGAUAGUCUACGAAACGAUGUAAUCGAUCCCGACGCUCUCGAUGCUCUCAACCAUACCGACACCUUACUGUUACGCCAAGCCAGCACGUCAAGUAGUCGCUAUGACGACGAUGCGCUAUCAACAUCGACGCCUGACUACGCUAGCGUGGCCAGCGUGGAAAUUGAGCCACGAAAGCUUCCUGCAAGACAAGUUGACCGCCCAAGAAGUGGAAUUAUGACAACCAUCGGUGAUCCCAGUUUGGCACCCAAAUCCAACGUUUUGCUCAGCGACGUUCACUAUGCAUCGGACGUGGAGCAAACGCAGGGUUCAUCACACAUGCCUAACAUCGAUUUUGGGCCUACCUACGUGCUAGGCUUGGACAACAAACGCCCAGGGACGAGUGGGACGAUGACGCAAAUGAUGCACGACAGCAGCUUUUCACAAUCAAGAGAAGAUCUUGCACCAUCCCCCAAUGAGCAGCGUCGGCUGUCAUACGCUCCAGGGCGGUCCACACCAAACACGGCGUUGCACAUGCGCAGUUUUUCAGAAUCUCCUCAAAUUCCCGAAUCACGUAGCGUCCCCUGGCAACCUGUAACGGCAGUGCAACAGCAGUCAGACCGACCAAAGUUUGAUGCCGAGGAGUGGGUGAUGAAUCGUGCUGCCUUCCAACCGCAAAACAUGAUGCAUGCUCAUGCUCAUGCUCAUACUCAUACUCACGGAAGGAGCAAUUCAGAGACUCCUCCACCUAUGAACCGCGCGCGAUCUGGUGAUUGGGCUCACUUGCAGCGGACUCCAGAGGGUCCACCUUCGCCAGGGCGUCCAUCCAGCCGGCUGCUCACGCAUAGCCGUCCCCAAUCUCGUGGCGCUGACUAUCUUCUCGAUUCGCGGCCCACCUCACUCUCUGCUCGCGAGCAGGAACGGGUGGCUCGAAUGACGAACACCCCGCUGAUUGAUCUGACAAGGAACCCUGCAAAGAAACAGCAACAGUCAUCGCAAGGUCUGACAGCGUUCAUAGAUUUCCGUGAGAAGGAAAAGGCAGCAGUCAAGGCAAAGAACCGACAGUCAUCAGCGAUGCAGGCUGAAAUCGACAGACGUAUGCUGCAAACUCAGGAUCGACAGUUCAAAGAAGUUCAGCAGCAGCAACGACAGAUGAUGGAAGCGCAGCAGAUGGCAAUGGCACAGAGCAACUACGGUGCACCGAGUAAUUACGCGCCGAGUAUGAUGGGCACACCAAGCAUGAUGGGCACGCCGAGUGUGAUGGGUAUGCCUAGUGCCAUCGCAAUGACGCCGAGCACAAUGGGACCACCAAGUGUCAUGGGAAUGUCACAGGGUUUCGGAACACCAACAGGAGGCGUACCGGGGAUGGCCUAUUCAACUCCGGGAUCUAUGCAGCAAAUGUACCCACAGCAAGGUUACUUCCAGCAAGUCGCGUCGCCAGGAAUACAGAUGCCCGGCGGGUGGAUUCAAACUCCGCAGCCGAUGCCUAGUCCACAGUUUAUGCAGCAGAUGCAGCAGCAGAUGCCACAACAAACGAACAUGGGUCAGCAACCACAACAAUCAACCACACGAGCAUAUGGAGCGAGUUUCGACCAGGCACAGGCAUUAAGACACGGACAACAACAGGGACAGCAUCGACGAAUGUAGGACUUGACGGGAAGUGACAUGAAAGAUUGAGAGCAUUCGAGAGCAAACGGAUUGAUCACGAUGAAA